UAUACUAAGUAAAUAAAAAAUGAUAUCUUCUGCAAGCACAUUCCAUGUUACACUUAUGUCCUGGUCAUAAGACAUUUCUUAAAUGGAAGAAGAAAUUUCCUUCCAUCAAAUUUUUUAAACUUUAGAAACUUCUUCUCUGAACCUAUCCUGCUUUUAUUGUUUUGGUCGGUAUCUCAUUCGUACUAGGAGCUUCGAUUCAAUUGAAACUGAGGGACAGCAAUCAUGAAUUGUAGGUUGAUUACAAUCAUGUUUCUGUUGGUAAUUUCUCAGCUGGCUUCGGCCAAAGUAGUGUUGAUCGGGGAAAACACAAUUCUCUCCUUUGAAUAUGUCGAAGCGACUUUCACUCCAAUUGUUAGAAGAUCGGGGGAAUAUGGAUCAUUAUACGCUGCAGAGCCUCUUGAUGCGUGCUCGGAUUUAACCAACAUGGCAGAAAAAGGAUCAAGGUUUAGGUCCUCUUAUGUAUUGAUCGUUCGUGGUGGAUGUAGUUUUGAGGAAAAAGUUAUAAAAGCACAGAAAGCUGGAUACAAAGCUGCGAUUGUCUAUAACAAUGGAUAUGAUGAGCUCUUAGUACCUAGAAAUUCAUCUGGUGUGCAUAUACAUGGCUUGCUUGUUACAAGAGCAUCAGGGGAGGUACUUAAAGGGUAUUCGGGUAGAUCCGAGAUGGAGCUUUGGCUCAUCCCGGGAUUCGGGAUUUCACUGUGGUCCAUCAUGUGUAUCACUUUCAUAUCUUUACUCACCAUAUCUGCUGUUCUAGCCACUUGUUUCGUUUUCCAUAUGCAUCGAAUUAGACGGAGUGUGAGGGAUUUACAUUUACCCUAUGGUGGCCAAGGACUUUCUCGUAUGCCUAGAAACUUAUUACAAAGCAUGCCGACUGAAGUAUAUACCGGUGUUCUUGAAGAAAGUUCGACUUCGGUUACUUGUGCAAUAUGCAUUGAUGAUUAUUGCGUUGGUGAAAAACUCAAGAUCCUACCUUGCAAACACAGUAAGUCCAUUUAGUUCUUUUCAACUGAAAGUUGAUUAAUUAUCUUGCAUAAGCUUCUUAAAGUGGUUUUAUUGUUGUCCCUUUUUUUUACUCGAGGCAGAAUUUCAUGCGGUGUGUAUCGAUUCUUGGCUCGGACAUUGUAGAUCCUUUUGUCCGGUUUGUAAACGCAUGCCAAGAACAGGAAAUGAUGUUCCACCAGCGUCAGAAACAACACCUCUGCUUUCUCCUAGCCCGAACUCUAUUACUUCACUACAAUCGUUUUAUGAUCUACCAAUUGCUGUCAAAGUAUAUCUGUAAGUAC